AUGGCUUCCUGUACAGUUAAAAAUGAGGCUAUAAACAGGUUUGUGAUCCUUAUCACGGAGAGGAAGAUGAUCCCACUUGCCGUUUUUCUCUUUUCUGAACUCUAA